CAAAUGCUCCUCCAUCCGAAUACCAUAGAGUCUCUGUCCCGGGCACGGAGGGAGGAGAGAGAGCGAGAGGGAGGGAAAUAAAGAAAAAGGGGCACUUCCCAAGCGUCUGUUUGUGAGUUGCAGGACUUACGGAGUCGUGCAGUAGAGAGAGAGAGAGAGUCCUAGUCGCUCCUCCUGCUCCAGAACAACACGUCCCCUCUGACACAAACAUGCACGCACUGACCAAAAAAAAAAAGCAGUACCUUUUCUAGCUCAGCAGACCAUAGAAGCAGACAACUUUGUGUGGGCAUUGCAGCUCUUGUGAUUCUCUUAUCACUUCUACUGUGGCUGUCAUCUGAGCGAGAGAAUCGGGAAUAGAAGAAACUGUUCUAUUAAUAGCUGGCCGGUGGACUGAGCGGAUGGAUAAAGGAAUGGACAACUGAGGAAAAUGACUCAAAUACGUUUAGCAAAAUCUUUUUCAGACAUACAAGAAGGAGGACAUCACCUCACACUUCUUGUGACUUGCUUCAGAGCAUGCAGUGUGAACUUUGCUUUGGGAUGUUCUAACUAGGCUGCCAAGUGAACAUUUCCCUUUGGCAGACCUCUCUCUCUCUAGUAUUUUCUUGCCUUGCCCCACACGGUCCCCCACACACUAUGCUAGCGCUGAGCUUCGGUUAAAGGAGCUUAAUGUGGAUUGCCCUGCGAUGGAAUGUAGUACGUCGGCUGUGCGAGUUCAGGAGACUUUCCAACUGAGGAGACCUUCAAGGUUUUGGAGUUGUCUCUCCAUCUCGAACCCUGUUCUCUAGCAAAAGAGUCUCGGAUGAUUAGGCUGAAUUUUUUGUGGAUUUUCUCAUAGAACUCAAUAUGCGUCGUUUUGACAAGCUCAAAAAAUCUUUUCCAUUUCUUGCUCAUUUUCAUGUGUACAGAAAGUUGGGCACCAGUAUGCAGUGUGAAGAGGGCACUGAGUGGCUGCUGGAGCUGCUGAUGGAAGUGCAACUGCAGCAGUACUUCCUGCGUAUCCGUGAUGAGCUCAACGUUACACGUCUCUCACACUUUGACUAUGUCAAGAAUGAGGACCUGGAGAAGAUCGGUAUGGGUCGGCCCGGGCAAAGACGGCUGUGGGAGGUGGUGAAGAGAAGAAAAACCAUGUGCAAACGCAAGUCUUGGAUGAGCAAGGUGUUUAGUGGCAAGAGACCAGAAGGAGACUUCAAUCCCCAGCCGGCCAGUACGUUUCGAAAACUCACCGUCACACCUCCUCCAGUGGAUAGCCAGCAGCAGGCCCUCACCUGUCUCAUCAGUGAGAAAGACCUGGCCCUCUUUGAGAAACUGGGAGAUGGCUCCUUCGGCGUGGUCAAGCGUGGAGAGUGGUUCACGCCAAAUGGAAAAGUGCUGAAUGUGGCAGUGAAGUGUCUGAAGACAGACGUGCUCAACCAACCAGAUGCUCUGGACGACUUCAUCCGUGAGGUCAAUGCCAUGCACUCUCUUGACCACCAAAACCUCAUCCGUCUCUACGGAGUCGUCCUCACACACCCCAUGAAGAUGGUGACUGAGCUUGCGCCUCUCGGCUCCAUGCUGGAUCGCUUGCGAAAGACCCUCGGCCAUUUCCUCAUUUCCACUUUGUGUCAGUACACCAUCCAGAUAUCCAAUGGCAUGGCCUACCUAGAGUCCAAACGCUUCAUCCACCGAGACCUGGCCGCCAGAAACAUCCUGCUGGCUUCCAGCGAGCAGGUCAAAAUCGGUGACUUCGGACUGAUGCGGGCACUGCCUAAGAAUGAUGACCAUUACGUCAUGCAAGAGCAUCGCAAAGUCCCAUUUGCCUGGUGUGCCCCAGAGAGCCUGAAGACACGCACUUUUUCUCACGCCACUGACACAUGGAUGUUUGGUGUGACACUGUGGGAAAUGUUUACCUACGGUCAGGAGCCGUGGCUGGGCCUAAAUGGUAGUCAGAUCCUCCACAAAAUUGAUAAGGAGGGUGAAAGACUGCCUAAGCCUGAGGACUGUCCACAGGACAUCUAUAAUGUCAUGAUGCAGUGUUGGGCUCAAAAACCAGAUGACAGGCCCACCUUUGUGGCUCUAAGGGAAUUUCUAGUGGAGACCAUGCCUACAGACAUGAGAGCCCUGCAAGACUUUGAUGAACCGGACAAGCUUCAAAUCCAGAUGAAUGAUGUCAUUACCAUCAUAGAGGGCAGGGCAGAGAACUACUGGUGGAGAGGUCAGAACAAGCGUACCCUAAAGGUUGGUCAGUUUCCCAGGAACACAGUCACGUCAGUGGCAGGUCUUUCUGCCCAUGACAUAAGCCGUCCACUGAAGAACAGCUUCAUUCACACGGGCCAUGGAGACACUAAUCCUCACCGCUGCUGGGGCUUUCCUGACAGGAUCGACGAUCUUUAUCUUGGGAAUCCCAUGGAUCCUCCAGAUGUGCUGGGGCUGGACCUGAAUUCUGCCAGACCAACUCAGCUCCCUGGACGCGCUAAGAAGGAGCCUCCCCCUCGGCCCCCUCAACCAUCUUUGCUGGUUAAGAAACCCUCCUACGAUGCUGUUGCUGAGGACGAGGACCAAACUUCAUCAGGCCUUCGGCGGCUCUCUUUGAAGAAGAAGGGCCUUAAACUCAAACCAGCUGCCUGGGUCUGUGCUACUAAAUUAGGUGAUCGUUCCACAUACAGUGUGCGGACUCCAGGGGGCAGCACUCCCACAGAAGUCUCUCUCAUAGACUUUGGAGAAGAGUUUUCAUCACCCACACCUUCACCCUCUCCUGUGGUGGAGCUUCAGAUCCCAACCUUGGCUAAACUGGCACUUGAAGCAGAGAACAUUUUAGACAGAACUCCUCCUCAGAGCCCCUCACGCUCUCUACCCCGCCCCCUUCACCCUACCCCAGUGGUGGACUGGGAUGCCCGACCCCUCCCUCCACCCCCAGCCUAUGAUGAUGUAGCACAAGAUGAGGAUGACUUUGAAGUGAGCUCCAUCAACAGUGCAGAACAAGGAGCUGAUGAACCAUGCUCUCCACGCAUGUCCUGCACUCCUACUGGAGAGUGUAAACCUCAUGUAGAAGACAAUUUAUUUUUGCCCUGCAGGCAGAGCAAUGCCAGCACCUUCUCUCAGUCUGCUGAGAUCUUCCAAGAGCUGCAGCAGGAGUGUAUGAGGCACCUCAAUGUACCUGUGAGCUCUACCAGCCCUGGUCUGGAGCCACACCGCCAGAUAGUCCUAACUUUUUCUGAAGACAAACCCCAGAUACCACCACGUAUCCCCAUACCACCCCGCCCAGUUAAACGUGCUGGUGGCGAUUAUGCUCGCUGGUCUGGUGAGCUGUCUCCGAUCUCUGGAAAUGAGGAUGAUAAGGAGCGGCCACCCCAGAUUCCCCCACGAGAUCCCCUCUCUCAGCCAGGCUCUCGCACACCAAGUCCACAUGUGGGCUCCCCUCAGACUCGCAGCAGCCUCUGCUCCGCUUCCUCCGUCUAUGGCCCAUCCUACCUCUCCACCUCACCUGCUAAACUAAUGCCAACCACUCAGAGCUUCGCCUCCGAUCCCAAAUAUGCUGCUCCCAAGGUCAUCCAAGCACAGGGCAAAGAUAAGGAGCCAGCCAAAGGGCCCUGCAUUCUGCCUAUUGUACGUGAUGGCAAGAAGGUCAGCAAUACGCACUACUACCUCCUGCCUGAGAGGCCUACAUAUCUGGACCGCUACGAUAAGUUCUUCAAAGAGGCAGAGAGUGGUGAGGAAAAGAAGCAGGUAAACACAGCCACUGUAAAGCCCAUGGUUCAUCAACAAGGGGAGCUCAAGUCCAAUUUCUCCUCCAACAACAACAGCAGUUUGAUGAGCUCUGGAUUUAGAGGGGGACUGAAGAACUCUCUCAGCCUGUGCCGAGUAAGCUCUGAUGGCUCAUUUAACAGGGCUGACAGCACCAGCAACCAUGACAGAGUCAAACUGGUGCAGGAGGCUGUCCAUGGUGUAACAAUUGAAGAAUGUCAGACGGCUUUACAGAACCACAGCUGGAAUGUACAGAAGGCUGUACACUACUUGAAGGUGGAGCAGCUUUUCUGUUUGGGCCUGAAGACAAGGGUGGAGUGUCAUAAGAUUCUAGAGAUGUGUGACUGGAAUCUGGAGCUAGCCAGCACUCAAAUGUUAGACUCCUAUGGCUCAGUGAAGCUAAGACGAUGAUGCAUUGGAAAAGCCCCAUGCCCUAAAAGAAUGUUGAGAGCACCGGGGGGACUCUGAGGGCCAACCAGGACUCUAUCCUAGCACAUCUUACCUCCAGAUCUGAUUUGUACUUUUAUGUGUGUGUGUGUGUUUGUGUAUGUGUGAGAGAGUGCAUACAUGAGGCAGUGACUGUGCUCCUCCUGAAAUCUUUCUUUAGGGUGCAAUACAGAGUUCACAGGUCAAAAUAUAAAGAACCUGGUUUUUAUUUUCCAGUUGAUAGCAACAGAUGGAAAACAAGGUGCUGCUUGUCAUUUUUCAUUGUAAUUUUAUAAACAAGAGGUGAAUAAACAGGCUUAUGAAAGCCUCUAAGUAUGUAUAUAUUUUCAGAUGUUUUGGUUCUACAUAUGCAUCUGAUUUGAGUUGGUCUUUAUCAGAUAUUUGUCAGUUUUACAUUUGCCUUUUUAAUUUAAUCUGUGGGUCACCUGUAACAGUAAGAAUUCUUGAAUCCUGACCUUGUUCAAAUGUUGUAUAUAUGUUGAAUCUAUGUAUAUGUUAAAAACCUUCAUGUUGAACUAUCAUCAUUUGUCACCCAUGUUGACAUAUACUUAAGACCCUCUCUCUGCCUUGUUUGGUAUUAUUAUUUUUGUACUUUGCUCAUGAAUCACUAUGAAUCACUCCUUUUAAGCCAACUGACUUUGCUGGUGUCAUCAGUAAAGUCACAAAACUGUUUUCGUGUAGAUUUGCACAAUGCUGCUUCCAAUCUGAAAGUAAAGACAAAACCUUGAAAAGGCAUCAGAAAGACCUCCAAAGCACAAAUAAUUGGACGACUGACUGUUUUUCACAAAGCUUACAAUAUGUGUUUUCUGGAAUUGCACCAGUCUCAAAUAAUAGCUUCUAUAAAGUUGUACGGUGAUGUGGCAUUGUUGGCAUUUUUUUUAACCUGUCUGUCUAUAUGACCAGUGAAUAACACAAUUCUGUCUAAUUUAUGCAAAUGAACCCACAGUGAUGUUAAAAGUAAGACGCCUUUUUUUUUUUUU